AGGAGGACGUCAUCCGAGCAUAAAUUAUUUACAACAGCUACAUCCACCGCAACCCGGCCGGUAUAUUUAAACCCAAAACGAUAAAGUCAUGGAUAUUUCCGGCAAGGAAAAGGAGGCCAUUCAGCUAAUGGCAGAAGCAGAUAAAAAAGUCAAAUCAUCGGGCUCGUUUCUCGGAGGGAUGUUCGGGGGAAACCACAAGGUAGAAGAUGCAUGUGAGAUGUAUGCCAGAGCUGCCAACAUGUUCAAAAUGGCAAAGAACUGGAGUGCUGCGGGUAAUGCUUUCUGCCAGGCUGCAAAACUUCAUAUGCAAAUGCAGAACAAACUGGAUUCUGCCACCAGCUUUGUUGAUGCUGGCAAUGCUUAUAAAAAGGCUGAUCCCCAAGAGGCUAUUAACUGCAUAAAUGCUGCCAUAGACAUUUACACAGACAUGGGACGAUUCACAAUUGCAGCCAAACACCACAUGACUAUUGCAGAAAUAUACGAGUCUGAGCUGGUGGAUAUUGAAAAGGCAAUUGCUCAUUAUGAGCAGGCAGCUGAUUAUUACAAAGGAGAGGAAUCAAACAGCUCUGCCAACAAAUGCCUUUUGAAAGUGGGUUUUUACUGCGCACAGCUGGAACAGUAUCCCAAAGCUAUUGAAAUUUUUGAGCAGGUUGCUACUAGUACAAUGGAUAACCCACUUCUGAAAUACAAUGCCAAAGAGUACUUCUGGAAGGCCUCUCUCUGCCACUUCAUUGUGGAUGAAUUAAAUGCAAAGCUGGCCAUAGAGAAGUAUGAGAGCAUGUUUCCAGCUUUCUCAGACUCAAGAGAGUGUAAGCUGUUAAAAAAAUUACUGGAAGCCCAUGAGGAGCAAAACAGUGAAGCUUUUACCGAGGCUGUGAAGGAGUUCGACUCGAUCUCUCGUCUGGACCAGUGGCAAACCACCAUGCUGCUCCGCAUCAAGAAGACGAUCCAAGGAGAUGCUGGAGACCUUAAAUGAGUCGCCUGUAUAAGUGUAGCACACUACCCUGCUAAGCUUUUUUUUCUGUGACACUUGUAGUGAUUCUAGCUCCAGUAGUGCCCCGAUGCCCGUCUGUUACAUAUCUGUCAGGUCAGGGUAGAUUGUUAUGUAACAGGACUAGCAAUCAGAAGACUAGAGCUACAUACUGCGUCAGUAUUUUUAGUGUUGAAUGUCAUCCCUGAGAGUUCUAUUAAAUGGGUAGUGGUAUUAUUUCUCCCUUUAGUGCUCACAUUAUAACCACAUUCCUUGUUUGAACCUUUAACUUGGUGUGUGGCAUGAAAUCUCAAACAGAGAGUAAAUCUGUAUCUGUGUUGUGUCAUGAUGUGUCUGUUCACUGUGAUGUUGACCUUGUCUUGCAUGAUUACUGUUCAUAUUUCAUGACGGUGUCAUGAUUGUGCACUUUAUUUUGAAAUCAUUAUAUUAGAAAUCUUAAUUUCAGGUGAAAAUAUGCAUUGUAAUUUUUUUAUUUAAUUUUUAUUUUGCCUAUAUGUGACUUAGGUUUGGCUGCAUUACUUGUAUAUUCUUUAAUAUUACAUUUUCCAUAAUCAUUGGGACACUGUGUUGCUUAUGAAUAAGUGGUACCUAAACUGGUGACUUAUUUAAGUGUACUUGUAAGUUUGUCAUGGAAAAAAUGCAGAAUUAAUAAUAUAUAACAUUCUAAAUACAAAUUAUGUCAUUAUUGCUGGGAAUAUAUUUUACCUACUAUGUUGCUUUUCUGUUGAUUUAUUUAUAUUACUUGUAAAUAGCAUUUCAUACCUUACCAUAAUUAAGGAUUAAUUUCUUAGGUUAAACAUCCAUAUCUUUUUGCUGGCCUUUAUUUUUAUUGCAUAAUAUCAGUUUGACAGUUCUGUUAUUUGUCAUACAUGAAAUCUCAUAACGCAUGCUGUGUCUGGUGUAUUCAGAAACCUUUUAAUGCCAUCAGGGAAUCAAGUCAUAUUAGAAAUCAAAUGGUAAGUCAAAAGGCUGUAAGUUAUAAUAAAUGUAUUAUAUUUAUUGUGUGCAAUCCAAUAAAUAUGCAUAAGACAAUUCAUCAA